CACGCCGCCAGCUGCGGAGAUUAUGAUCCGCCCCUUUUUGGAGUUACGUAUGAAUAUUCAUUAGCCCGUGUCCAGACGCGAUCGCGAAGCAAGUUAAGAAUUGAUUUUGCUCCAAUUCAUUUUGACUGAGCAGUGAGAAGAUGGAGGAAGAGUCGCACCGCACUGGCCCAGGAGGAGUGGCUUCCAUAAUAGAUCUCACCAAAGAGAUCAAGGUGGAUCCAGACAAUGCUCUGCUUUACGCUCAACGAUCAGAAUGCUUCAGGAUCAUUCAACAACAUUACCAUGCAUACAGGGAUGCAGAGAAGGUCAUCGUUCUUAGACCUGACUGGUACAAGGGUUAUUAUUACAAGGGUCUUGCUGAGGUUGGUGCAGAACACUUCAAGGAAGCAAUAGAAUCAUUUGAGGAUGGAUUACAGUAUGAGCCAGAUGAAGCUUUGAUCAAAGCUUUACAUCAAGCAAACAGAGCAAGAUUUGCCCACAGAAUUAAUAAUCGAGGCAGGCUUGUAAAAGGUUUCUUCCUAGGAUGUUUGGUAGGAGCUCUUGCUCUCGCAGCUAACGACUAUUUGCUCCCAAACCCACUUGUAAAGAAUAUAUUCCUGAAAGUCAUCUUGUUCUCGGCAUGGGGUUACUGUGGGAUUGAACUCGCCAAGAAUUACAUCAGUAUGCUUGAAAAGGACAGAGACCAAAGACUUCAAGCUCCCGAUCCAUUAUUUCCGUUCACUUCUGAUACGGAACCAGCAUCAAAAAGAAAACCAACAUCAGCCAGCACAGGUACCAGUACGGAUCCUCCUACAGAAGAUAAAUCUAACCUGAGGACUAGACGAGGGAGAACGCAAGACCAGGCAUCAUGAUACUUGUAUGAUAAAGGCUCGUUCACAUUUAUGCUUGAAACCGUAGUGUUGUUGUUUUCUUUUCAAGUGUGAAUGAAUGACAAGUUGGGAUUUGAAAAGUACAUGUAGUUGUGCACAACAUAGGUCCUAUGCAUGCUCACUCAUCUGUUUGUUAAAAGAUAUAAAAAUCGCAUCAAUUGCACUUAUAUCAUCAUAAACACAGUUGUGGUUAAAAAUGUUAUAUGUGAACAGGCUUUAGUUAUCUUUAUUUCACUGUGAAAAUUUUGUUGUUGUUGAAAAGUUUAAGAUGAGGCCAGUAUACACUAUGAACAUGACAGACAAAGAAAGC